AUGGAGCUGGUGAAGGCAACGAAGAAGACGAGGACCGAGUGGCUCGCACAGACCGUGCGUCUUGAGAAAAAGAGCUUCUCCAAGAGCGAUAGUCUCGGGCAGCGCUUGGUGGAAGAAGCCAUGAAGCCUCACAAUACGUUGCUCAUGGCCGUGGAUCCGAUCGACGCAAGUGUUGUCGGCUAUAUUCUGUUCCGGCGCAAUGGCGCUGAAGGCCACAUUGACCGCAUCGCCGUGGCCGAGCGCCAGAGGCGGAAAGGUCUAGGUCGUUCCUUGCUGCAGUCUGCCAUUGCGACUUUGCGCACGAACAGGGCAAUGACGCUCGUGCUGGAGGUGGACACGACAAACCAAGGGGCUAUCGCGCUAUACGAGUCACAAGGGUUCAAGCGCACUAUUGUCCGCGCAGACUACUACAAAUCUGGUCGCGACGCGUUGCUCAUGGAGCUGAGUUUGUAG